AUGCCGCAACCCUUGGACAUGGUGAGGGCCCUGCUCAGCGAGGAAAUUUUGGUCAAGCUCAGAAACAAUCGCGAGCUGCGGGGAACCCUGCACGGCUACGACGAGCACUGCAACAUGGUCCUCGGCGACGUCGAGGAGACGGUCUUCUCGUUCGACGACAACAACCAGAUCCAAAAACAGACGGCCCGCAGCGAUAUGCUUCUUGUUCGCGGCGACACCGUCAUUCUGAUUCGCCAGUGA